GCCAUUAUGUUGUGUUCCAUUUGAUGCUUGUAGUGUCAUCCUGUCUUUGGCAGUUUUCAGCGCAGUCAUACGAUGCUAGGUGCACCUGUGCAGCCUUACCUUUCUAAGCUCUUUGGUAGCACUCUGGAUGCAGACUGCGUUAUUCGGUUCACGCUAGCUUCUGACAAUGUUGAGCCCCAUCUUAAGAAGGCGCGCGCUGGGGCUCCUGCCAGCCCUCCUGUGAAAGCCGCUGUUGAAAGCAACAAGGCUGAUGCUACGGACAGUCCAGCCACACCAAUAAGCCGGCUUUGCGAGACAGGGCAAGCGCUCAAUGGAGACAAUGUCACUGCGAAGGACAGCGACGUGAAACGUGUUGCAGACGCUAAGAGUGGCGACCACUGUGGGCCUACCUUCAUUGGCGAGGCCAUACCGGCCCACCGGGUGGUUCUGCGCUGCGGUUCAGAGCGUUUCCGCGCUUACAUGGAGCGAUGGGAACAGCCUGCACCUGCGGCGCUGCCUCCCGGAGCAACUAACUGCCCCAAGCCUGACACCAACGACACAAACGAUAGUGGGCACGGCGAACGCAACAUUGAAAGCGCCGAUGGUACCAGCACUCCCCUCACACGCAAGCGCCCAGCCCCUGACGCCUCCAGCUGCGCCCUUUCCGGCCUUCCCGAGUUGCUGGUCCCGCUGGGCAGCGAGCAGGAGCUGCCUGCUGCGCGGCGCGCCCUGCGGCUGCUGUACAGCGGCUUCGUGCCCUACUCGCUGGGCUUCAAGGAGAUCCUGGCCACUCGGCGCAUGGGCUCGUACCUGCAGAUCGAGCGCUGCGAGGCGGCGUGUAACGCAGCCAUGGUGGUCAAGCUGGAGAAGGAGGGCCGCACGGACUCGAGCAUAGUGCUGGACCUGUACGAAUGCUGGCACCACUUCCCCGAGGACGCCUCCUUCUCCUCCGUCCUCAGCGCCGGACAGAAGCACCUGGUACGGCACUUUGGGGACGCGCUGGCCAUCCUCAACACCGACCGCGACAAGCCGGGCACCCUGGCGCGCCAGUUCAUGUCCCUGCCGCCGCAAGCGGUGGAAGCCCUGCUGUCCUCGGACGACUUUGGCACCGACAGCGAGGCCAGCGUGCUGCUGCUGCUGCCGAUCUGGUUUGACGCGUACGCAAACUACCGCUAUGGGGUGUCAACCGGAGUAAACCUCUGUCGCCUCAUCCGCGUGCUGCAUUUGGGCAAGGACUGCAUAUCAUACGUGCUGCCCCGCCUCGACUGGUUCGCAGCUACCCCACGGCAGCGCACGGCCCUGACAGCCCUCGCAACCACUAGCGACCCAGCGGCCCGCAAGAGCCUGCUGAUGUCGCUACGCAGGACAAAAGUGGACUUGGGCAUAGACGCGGACGAGUUGCUGAAGCAGCAAGGCUGCGAGUCGCAGCCGGAUCUCACGCCGCGGCGCUGCAAGUGGCUUGCUCCCGCCCGGCGGCAGUGUCUGACCUCACCCGACGGUCGGGUGUACACCUGGCGUGUACAGCAACAAGACCUGUUAGACGGGCUAAAGGCCGCUCUAGCUCCGCACGACAACCCCGCAACCGUUCUAGUUGGUAUCUGCCCCGCGUCGUUUGUACGGCCGUGUCACGGCUCAGCCGCCGGGGACGAGGAUGCCGCAGAGGUGUAUAUGUACGGCCUGAGCUGGCAGGUCAGGUUCGUGAUCAGAAGCGACGGGACGCCCUCCAUUUGCCUGAAAUGCACCAACACCAUGGCGAGCAAC